AUGGAAAUGGUGCCUUUUCAGAAGUGUGUUUUUGACUGUGGUCUUGCAGAUGUUAAGUAUAAUGGUUCUUACUUCACUUGGAAUAACAAGCAAGCAAGAAAGGAUCGGGUUUUUGCUAAGCUGGAUCCGGUGUUAGCUAGUCAUGGUUGGUUGGAUAAGUUCCCCACGACAGAAGUUACUUUCCUCCCUAAAGGUGUUUUUGAUCAUACUCCAGCCAUUCUCUCAAUCUAUCCAAACUUUCAUGAUACUAAGAAGCCUUUAAGAUAUUUCAACUAUUGGAGUUCCUUGAAGAAUUUCUCUGGUAUUGUUCAAAAUGGUUGGCAGGAAAAUUUAGAAGGCCUUCCAAUGUAUAAACUUGUCAGUAAACUCGAACUUCUCAAACGUGGACUCAAAAGCUUAAACCAGCAAGGCGAUGGAGAUAUUAGUAUAAAGGAUAGUGAAGAUUUUAAAACUUUACUUGCUAUUCAAGUGGCUUUGAGGGAACAACCUGGUAAUGGAGAGUUAAUAGCCCAGGAAAUUCAAGCCAGAAAUCACUAUGCUGAUAUGUAA